AUGAACCCGUGGAUCGGCCCGGCCGGCGCUGCCGCUGAUGCAGGUGCAGGUGCCGCAACGUCGUCGUCUCUGCUGCAGCGGCUCGCAUCGCAGUGGGCAACGUCUUUGCAUGACGAGAAGCAGCACGAAGAUCGUGCCUUCAGCGGCUCGCUCUGCAGCACGAGCGGCGCUGGCGUGCAGCAGCGGCGGUGUUUCGCGAAGAAAGGCAGCGGCGGCGCGGCCCCCAAAGCCGCAGCAAACGCUGGCGCUGGCGGUGGCAGCGCACCGCCAGCUGUUGGGGAUGACACCUCGCCCCCGACGUACCGCGCCGCACGACCGAGCCGCGGCGACCCCCUGCGGCAGCUGCCCGAGUCCCAGGUCGGUGCCAUCGCGCCCCGUGGGGUGGCGACCUGGCAGCUGACCUGGCAGCUGCGGAAGCUGCUGCAGGCGCUGGCGCCACCUGGCGAGAAGCUGCGCACCCCUCGGCAGAUUGGGUGGGACCUGGGUCCGGCGCAGUCCAUGGCGCUGCUGCACGAAACCUUGAGAGAUGGCCCCGUCAAUGCCGCCUGUGGCCUGGGCACCGGUGGCGGUGCGGCCAGGGUGCUGCCAGGACCUGCCGCCGCGCGCAGCGGGUGCGCCAGUGAGAGCUCUACCUCGGGCCUCGAGGUGGCUGGUGCCCCCGUGCUGUACACCCCCUUUGUGGUGACAGACAUCUUCCAGAGCGCACAGGCCGUGGCGGAGUGGCUUAAGAUGGUGCUGGAGUUGGGUGAGGACUUCUCAUCGAUCGAGAGGUUCUUUGUGCAGGUCCUGGCCACAGAGCCGCGCCCUGACGUGCGGGGCAUCAAGGUGCAGAUCAAGGGGCGGCUGGCGGGCAAGGGGGGCAAGGCGACCAAGAAGGUGUGCGCUGGCGUGCGCGUGGUGUUUCUUUUUGGGGGGCAAUUUUGGGCCUAG